UCCUCAUGAUGUGUCUGAAGUGUGCCAGACGACACGACACUCUCUCUCUCUCCCCGGCAUUUCUAAGCUGUGAAACGACGACUUUCUUGUAUCCAUUUCCAUAAUUCUUCCUCACUGUCUCUCUUUCUCUGGAACAUCGUGUUUUUCUCUCUAUAACUCAUGGGUUCCGGCAGCAGUCGCGUGGGUCGCCGCCCGUCGGUCCCCUGUCGCGCUAGCCGCUUCUUCUCUUCUCUCGUUUGCGGCGCCUCCGCCUCCCAGUCUCCGUCUCAGAUGGAAGAAUAUCCAGAUAAAUCCCCAAUAAAAUCCGUGGAAAAUUUAGCUCCUGCAAAUGAUGCAAUAUGUAGCUCCCCAACAGGAUUUGUUGGUUCAGAAAGUGGGUUCAGCAUUUCCAAUACUGAAGUUGGAGCUUCAUCUGAAAGCAGUAUUAGUUCCUUUGAGGAUAACUUUUCUGAAUGUGGUUUUGGAAACAUUGAGGCAGGUUACCCUAAUACGUGUGUCCUAGAGAGUGAGGAAUCAGUUGCUCAACGGGUAAGUGCUGCUUCUAAUUCAAGUGAACCUCAUUUAAGUGAGAAUAGUGCUUCAGCUAGUACUUCCUGUGAGCAGUCAAAUCUAGAGUCAUUGUCUGCAAAUUCAAGGAUUGGAUUGGAUGUCGCUUGUGAAGCUAAUAAUUCAGAAGAUACAACUAUAUCUCUAAUAUGUCCAGAUGAAAUGAAUUCAAGUAGUGUUGAACAGGAGUAUCCUGCUGGGAAUUCUGUUGAAGAUCAUGAGAAUGAAGUCAUAGGCAUCAAUCCUUCUGCUUCUGGGCCUCUUUCUGUUUUUUCUGAUUAUUUGUCGGGUCUUCAUUCAUUUGGAGAUGAUAGUGCUCAAGAUGCAACAUCUCCCAUUUCAGAACUCCUUGUAUCUGAUAGUGACCAAGGUUUAAGAGUUGGCAGUGUACUUCAUGUUGAUGUGGUGAGUAUAUCUUCCAACAUUUUAUCUGGUAGAAUUGCUGAAAUAAGUAACCGUGAGGCAAGAAGGAAUAGUAGAAGAAUAUUUUGGGAUACUUUAUCAAGACGCAGUUUUAGAAGACAUAAUGACGACUCCACUAUAGUUUUCACAACAGGACAUGCUGCUGAUAUAGGAUCUCAUGAAAGAUGGUUACUUGAUUUGGGUGGUGAUCUUCAUUAUGAUGGGGUUGGGAAUGAUUCAGAAAACCUGGGACCAAGAAGGCAUCACAGAAAUGAAAGAUGGUUGCAAUUGAGAUCCGAGGCCUCUGAAAGAUCACAAAAUGAGCCAGAUGAGAGAGGUCAGCAAACUGCUCUUUGUCCAUCUGGACUCCAUCCUAAUGGUACUUGUUCAUGUGAUUCAUUCUUCAUGGGAGAAGAGUCUGGUGUGCUUGCAAGUAUUUCACGAAUAGUUGUCCUUGCUGAAGCUUUAUUUGAGGUUUUGGAUGAGAUUCAUCGCCAACCUUUGUCUUUUCCAUUGUCCAUGGCAGCUCCAGAGUCUGUUGUAAACUCGUUUCCUCUCAGGAACCACAGCAGGUCAAAAGCAACUGAAAGUGAACCAAGUGAUAUGGAACAGUGUUACAUUUGUCUGGCUGAGUAUGAAGAUGGGGACAAAAUAAGAGUUCUCCCUUGCCACCAUGAGUAUCAUGUGCAAUGUGUUGAUAAAUGGCUUACAGAAAUACACGGUGUAUGCCCACUCUGCCGAUGCAAUGUUUGCGAGGGUGGCUCCCCAGGUUCUACCUCCAGUGAUGAAGUUCCAUCUCAAUGACUCUCAGGUGUACAUAUUGAUGAAUCAAUCCCCAAGUGAGAAACUAAACUUCAGCUUCUCCAAAAAUUAUGAUGAUCAUUUGAUUAGGGUUUGAAGAACUUACCAAUUCGCACACAUUAACUUUUACAAUAAAUUGAUUUUUCUUGGAGAAAGCUACAGUUUGGAUGUCAGCAUUACAUAACGAUGAAUAACAGACAAAGGAGAGUAGCACCUGUUAAUUAUCUGUCGCUUGUUCUGUCCAAACAGCGCCUUAAGCAUGCAUUCAGUCCAAGAGAGCAUGCCGCCGACUGCACUGCAGAGAGUGUCUGCAAAGCAAAAUCAUGAGAUAGAGAGAGAGAGAGAGAGAGAUGAGGAAUGAUGGCGGCGUUAUUAUUGUAAUCGCAAUAACAGUCCAAUAGGGCAGGCCAGCGGCGCCGUGGCGGCGGUGCUGCACCGCGCAACUGCCGCCGUGCAUCCGCCUCGCCGGUCUCCAGUCAGCUACAGGCCAUUAUUUAGGUCGAUUUUAUGGUAUAAUAAAAUAAAGUAAAUUAUAGUGUCA